AUGGUGAGGGACCAGGAUCUGCUCUUGGAAACCCUGCAGAGGCUGGGAUGUGAUGAUUUUAAGGCCUUCAGGUGGUACCUGAACCAGCUGGAGAUCUACAGCGACUUCACCCAGAUCCCGUGGUACAAGCUGGAGGAGGCGGAUCAGAUGGAAACAGUGACGCUGAUGGUGCAGACAUACUCCCAUCACGCUGUGGAGCUGGCCGAGAUGGUUUUGGGGAAGAUGGACACGAAUGAUGUGGUCCAGUAUCUGCCAGAGAGGAGCUCAGAACUAAAAGAUGUGGAGAUGCACGUGCUUCAGCCUCUAGAAAAACUGAUCGAACAUCUUCAACGCACGAUACAGAAGAAUUUCCAGAGCAGGUUCAUGUGUGUUCAAGAGGGCCUGGCCGAGAAGACAGAAGAGCAGUGCCUGAAGGACAUCUUCAUAGAGCUUAAGUGUUACAUGUACAUCACAGACGGGGGGGAAAUGCACAUCAACGAACAGCAUGAGAUCAGGCUGAUCAGGAACUCCAGGACGGCAGCAGUGAAACCAAUCGACCCCAGUGACAUAUUCAAGUGUCCCAUUGGUAAACCCUCAAGAACAGUGGUGACGACUGGAGUUGCAGGAAUUGGCAAAACGUUCCUUGGGAAAAAGUUUGUGUUGGACUGGGCCGAGGGAAGGAAAAAUCAAGAUGUGCAUCUGAUAUUCCCCUUUAGCUUCAGCAAACUGAAUCAACUGAAGGGGGAAAGGUUCAGCCUGGCAGAACUAAUUCAUAAGAGCAUCUGGGAAACCAGAGACAUCACCGACAAAGAUCUGAACCAUAUCUUUGCUAAACUAAAGGUGUCAGGAAACUGCGACAUUAACAAUAGUCAAUAUAAACUUCUGUUUGUGUUGGACGGAUUGGAUGAAAGCCGCCUUCAGAUGGAUUUGACGCGACGUGAACCUCAGCCAGUUGAUUUUGAUGUGACACAGUCGACCUCAGUGGAGGUUCUGCUGACUGCCCUGAUCAGUGGGAACCUGCUUCCCUCUGCCCGGGUGUGGAUAACCACACGACCUGCAGCCGUCAGUCAGAUCCAUCGUGAUUUUAUCAAAAGAAUGACAGUGGUGAGAGGAUUCACUGACCCACAGAAGGAGGAGUACUUCAACAAGAAAUUCCCUGAACGAGGCAGCAGAAUUAUCGUCCACAUCAAGGCGUCACUAAGCAUGUUCAUCAUUUGUCACAUCCCAGUUUUCUGCUGGAUCACUUCUACAGUUUUGCAGGAUGUUUUGAAAAGCCAAGCAAACAUAGAUCUGCCCACAACAUUGACGGAGAUGUACACAGAAUUCCUGCUGUAUCAAAUCAAGCUGACAGAAGAGAGAUGUGGCUCAAAAAAGAGCAUCAGGUACAUCAAGUCCUUAGCGAAACUUGCAUUCGACCGUUUGUUGUUGAAUACUUCAGAAGGGUUCCCUCAGACCAACCAUCAAUCCACGAUCCAGUCCAUCAAGAAGAGAAUAAGGGACAAUACAUCUCCAGAGAGGAGCAUCAAUCUAUUCCACUGUCUUAAUGAGCUGAGAGAUGAUUCCUUGGUGAAGGUGAUCCAGCAGAACCUGAGUUCAGGAAGUCUGUCUGCAAGGAAACUUUCUCCUGCUCACUGGUCGGCACUGGUUUUCAUCCUACUGUCAUCGGAAGACACGCUGGAGGUAUUUGACUUGAAGAAAUACUGUCCUUCAGAGGAGGUUCUCCUCAGGCUGAUACCAGUGGACAAGGCCUCCAACAAAUCACUGUAA